AUGCUUGAAACUUCGAAAAAAAACUUCCAUGAAAUUGGAUUUUACGAUUUGCCAGCCAUGAUCAACCACGUUUUAGCUAAAUCAGGCACUGAUAAACUCACCUAUGUGGGAUUGUCACAAGCGUGUCCAGCUUUUAUGGUGAUGAGCGCUUUGAGACCAGAAUAUUCUAAGAAAAUUGUUUUGGCCAAUUUUUUAGCUCCAGUAACAGCUUAUGCAGCGAAAACUAAAUUUGCUUAUUUUAACUACUACGAACAAAAUCAGGACGUGUAUGAUCAGGAUGUUGCACCGGUUUAUGAUAUUACUAACGUAACUACUCCGCUGGCUAUUUAUUUUGGAAAAGCUGAUAUAUUAGCGAAUGUUGAAGGAAUAUAUCGUCAAUACAAACUAAUGCAAAAUGUGGUCCUCUACUACAGAGUCGAAUCUAACGAUUUCAAUCAUAUGGACUUUGUUUAUGCGAAGGACUUGAAUAAGCACCUUAACAACAAAGUAAUAGAAACUAUUGAUGUCUAUAACAAACCAAAAAUAUAG